UUGGACUAAUAGAUGUUAAAGAGAUAUCGAAGAGACCCGUGAGUUUUAUGGGCAGAGGUGACAUAGUCAAUUUUUCACAUAAGGAACGAAUAAGAAAUUUGCGUCAUUUCGGCAUCAUAUUUACGUGUAUAUAAAUGAAAAGAGGAGCUGGUGUAGUAAGAAAAAAAAUCAUUGCACUUCUUAGAGGCUCCUCAAGACAAAAAGUCAAGAAGAUAAAGAUAGUCUAUUCAGUGACAUUGCACAGGGCAUGGAACAAAGAGCUGCUGAGCGAAGUUUCUUUCUGAUCACAGUCCUUCUGGGGUACUGCAUUGCGUUGUCCUCUACAGCCAUAAUCACCAACAUCCGGAAUCCAAACAGACUUUGGAGAGGAGAUCUUUCUGACCAAUCAAUAAAUAAUAAACAGAAAAACCCAUUUAUGUCUGGGCCAGACUCCUGGAAACAGCAGCUCCCUUCUAUAUCAUUACACAACUGGAGUCUUAAAAUGUUAACAUCGAAUAUUCUCCCUAAUGAACCCACUGAAGAGAGAGCCAGAAAGUUACUCCUGCAGCCCAUGGCCAGGCAGAUUCUGUUUGGCUCUAAUGAGAUAGCCAAAAAGGUAUUGCCAGAUGACGAUGAGUUCCAAAGUGCAAUAUCUGACCAGAGAUGGCUUCCUCCAUGGCCUGCAAAUGAAGAGCUGGAUAAAAGGAGCAUUGUGGUGGCUGAUGAUGCUGCCUUCAGAGAGAAGAGCAAAAUGCUCACUGCAAUGGAGAGACAGAAGUGGCUCAACUCCUACAUGCAGAAACUUCUGGUAGUGAACUCCACCUAACCGUAACCAGCUGUACUUUAUGUGCAGUAAAAAUAUAUUCACUUACAAUAAAAAUGAUCUUAACUUUUCA